AUGCGAAAGCUCAGAUCAUUCCCAAUGGAGAAGCUAUGCUACGACCUAAAGCUAGAGGUCUUCGAGCAAAUGAAGCCGAGGGAUGCGAUUGAAUUGGUCAAAGUGAAUGUAGGAUUUCGAUCGAUACUGUUGUGGAAACCUUGGAUAGUUUUUGGGAAUCACGUGUACGAGAUUUCUAUGUAUCAAGAGAUUCGUAUUGGGAAAUUUCCCCUCUAUUCCUCAUUCAAUGGAUUAGAUGCCGAUCUCCACUUUCCAUUGAUUGAACGAAUCCACUCGUGUGUCGAAUUGUCGAUGUUGAUAGAGGACAAAGAAGACGAAGUCGACGACGAAGACGAAAACGAAGACGACGACGACGACGACGAAGACGACGACGAAGACGAAGACGACGACGAAGACGAAGACGACAAUGUCGACAAGAGCAAGUUCAACUUUACCGACGGACACGCGAUCAUUCUGAAUCAAUUGAAAUCUGUGAAAUAUUUGAAUCUCGAGGUGUACGGAAGAAAGUCUUUGCUGAAAUUAAUUGAGAAUUUCCACUCGAAGAUUGAAGAAGAGGUUAAAUUGGAGGUGCAUGAUAUUCACGCUUUGUUCGAAGAAAAUCAAGUGAUCAGGGAGCUUUUUGAGAAUUUCAUUACAAUUCAGAUGAAUGACUGUGAAGAAGUGAACCUUGUAUGUGAUGAGUUUUCUUUGUUGGACUCAGAAUUUAACUCCGGAUUGCAAUUCUACUUCGAUGCUUUUAUCAAGACCUCGAUCAAAUUCUUGCACAUCACACAAAUGAAAGAGGAUCAUCUUGAAGAGGCCGUGCAUAUAAUCGUUAAAAAGAGAAUGCUGAGCAAGAAUUUGAAGGCGGCUGUUCGUGUUUAUUGUCAUUCUGUUGAAUCCCUGGAGAUGAUUCCCCGAAUCCUCGAUUUUCUUUCACAAUUCCCUGGAAUGGAGCGAUUCGACGGAGCAAAUGAGCCAGAAGUCAUCAAAAUGGCGACCGAACACUUGUAUAAAUAUUCGGGUGUCGCAGUGGGGGGGAAGCUUGAUUUCACGGACGCUCUAUUUUUUCGACAAAACAUUGACUCAAGCAGGGAUUGUGUCUACAUACUUCGAUGUAUACCCAAUCGUGAGCUCAACUACUACACCCGACCGAACUACAAGAAACUCGCCGAUUUGCUGAGCGAGGUGAUGGUCGGAGGAUCCUUCAAAAGCAGCUGUCUUCGACCUAUUCUCAACAACAAAGAAAAGGAAAAGGAGAAGCCUCAACCCGUCUCUCUGGAGGAAAUUCAACAGGUCAAAGCUAUGCAAUCGGCAGAAAAGGUUGAAGAACAAAAUAUGAUGCAGCCGAUCAGCAGUCAAGGGCGUGUCGACUACAACCUCGGCUUGACGGAUCAAUUGCCACAGGCUUAUAACUAUAUAAUUCCCAAUCGAAUAUUG